AUGGAUACCACCCCAAUGGUGGCACCCGCCGGGCUACUCCAGACUAGCUUGAUCUGGACCGCCUACGCCGUCGCCGUUGCUCUAGUCUUCCUCGUCGCCGUCAUCACCAUCUUUACCUGGCAAACCCCAUAUGAUCGCUCCAAGCUUGUCACCACCGUCGCCAUCAUCAGUCUCACCUCUCUUCUAGCUACAGUGUUCCUUCUUCCCGUCGAUAUCGCCCUCGUCUCCUCCACCGCAUCCGCAUCAAGGGGCACCAAGAAAGAUUGGGCAACACCGGAACGUAUCGACGGCAUUCUCACGACGCUCAAGAUUGUCUACUACUCCCUGUACAGUUUCGAUGCGCUCCUCUGCCUGGUCGUUAUCCCGUUCGCAUACUUCUGGUACGAAGAGCACGAUGAGGUUCUUGAGGAGGAAGGGAGAGAAACUUGGACUACCCGGUUCGCGCAAUCCUUAAAAUAUACCAUUGCCUUCAUCUUUCUCGUCAUCAUCCUGUUCCUCGUAGGCUUCUUCGUCCCUGCUGCCGCCCAAGAUCAUGGCCGACAUCUCGACCUCGACUAUUUCAGGCGUCUGUUGACAAACAACAAGGGCGAGAAGGCUCUCAGCUUUGGCCUCGGACUGCUCAUGACACUGGGAACGCUUCUCUACGUUCUCUACACCGGAGCCGGUCUGGCUCUCCUUCCAGUCUCAUUCAUCAAGAGUGCCCCGUCCAUCUCGGCCCCUCAACUUUCCGCCACGACUGCUUCCGACCUCGAGCACAACCGCGAGCUCCAGCGUCAAAUCGAGAUGCGCAACGCCGGUCGCAUCGAAGCCAUGUCUCAGAAGGACAGGCGCGAGCUCGACCUUUUACUCCGUGAGGAACGCACUCUCGUUCGCCGCCAGCGUCUAGCAGCCGAAGCACGCGGCGAGGGGCAAUCCACCAUCAUCCAAAUCUGGACCAAGACCCAGGCCGUUUUCCGUCCGCUGAAACUCAUCGGCGGCAUCCUCCUGCUUUUGCUCUCAGUAAUCCUCUGGAUCUCCAUGCUCAUCACCGCCAUCGACAAGGCCGCCAACUCGGUCUGCAAGUCCCACUGCGGCUACAUCCUCGGACACAUCAACGUCUUCCAGCCCGUCAACUGGGUCUUCGUCAAGGCCGCCAAGGCUUUUCCCGUCGAUUACAUUCUCAUGGCCUUCCUGAUCCUCUUCCUCUUCAGCAGCUCCAUCACCGGCAUUGCUUCCGUCGGCAUCCGCUUCCUCUGGGUCAGGCUUUUCCAAAUCAAGAAGGGCCGCACCGCCCCUCAAGCCCUGCUCAUCGCAACCGUCAUGCAAGCCCUCAUCAUCCUCGCCAUCAACUACGCCGUCGUCAACCUUCUCGCCCCUCAAUACGCCAUGUACGGCACACAAACCUUCUGCCAAGGUCUUGCUUUAGUCCCCGGUACCAAACCAGACUGCACGAACCACAGGGACAUGAUCCGCCCCUGCUCCGAGUCUCUAACAGACCCCCUGGCCAAAGACGUCUGCACGCCCACCGUCAUGUCCACUUUCUUGAACCGUAUCGUGCUCAACUGGCCCGUGUUUGGCGCCAUUGACUUUUGGGCCCAGUUUGCGUUCUUGACCGUGUUCUUGCUGGUGUUUUUUACUAGUCUGGUCAGGACGCCCAGAUUGAAUCUGAGUGAGAUUGACGAGGAGGCGCAGGCGGAUGAAGAGGAAGGGUUGCUGGCGAGUACGUCGAGGAGGUUUGGAGCUACGUGGCAGGAUAUCACGGGCAGGGCUAGGAGGACUGUUGGUGGAAGUUCGGGUGCUCAGGGGUAUGGAACCAAUGGGACGAACUGA